AUGGUUGCUGUGCUCCUGAUCGCGUGCCACGUGAGAAACCGUUACCCAAAUUUCACCGUACCCAGGGCUGCAGAGGCACGUUUGCGGAGGCGUGCCGGUCUCGAGGACAUGUUUCGAGACCCGGCAACUGAAGCCCCGCUUCAAGGUGCGCUCAGUGGCCUGCUGGGCAUGGCUGGACAGCUUCAAAAAGCGACAGAUUUUUUCAACUCGCUCAAUGCUGCUGGCGAAGCUUGGCAGCAAUGGACAGGUCUGCAGACAGGCACAGGUGCAAUGUACAAGAUCGGUGACAAUAUUUCCAAGCAUGCAUCAAGCCUUGUGCAGAUGUUGGAAAAGAACAUUCAAAAUCGCAGCAACAUCAUUGUAUCGGAUGCCCAAACAGCGCGAUUGCCAAGUGAUCCAGUGAGAAAAACGCACCUUGAAAAGCUCAUGCUUGCGGUGUUGCGCGAGAAAACACCGGGCAUGACAGCCAUUUACGCCGAAGCAGGCACGGGCAAGUCGGUCGCCACCUUGCUUGCAGCCACUGAAGUGGCCAACAGAACGACAGACUUCUUCGUGGUGUUGCAGAACGAUCUGUCUGACGCCCUGCGACUCUUUUUCCGCAUUGCCGAAGUUAGCUCGGCAGCUGCCAUCGCGAGCAGUUUCUUUCUCGGCUUAGAGCAGAAGAGCAUCAAACUCCGUCUGGUUUUUGACAACGUGUUGGACGGUGGCGUCCCUGCUGGUGCAGAGAAAGAUAUCCUCACAGCACUUGCACGAGGUGCGAGUGAACAUGGACACCAAGUCCUCUUCACGAUGAAGGAUGAGAAAGCUGCAGAGUCCAUCGCCGGACUCAAUGGCGACACGACCUUCGUCGCAGAACUACAAGACACAAGACAUGGAGCCUACAGAUGGACGAAAGCUGAAACCGAGAAGCUGAUUGGGACAUUCAAGCAUCGGAAUGGGAUGGAUACAGCAGCAAUUUUGAAAGCCUCGCAAAUUCCAGAUGGGAUUGGAGGCUGGAGACCUCGGACUACGAAGUUGUUCAUGAAAUAUGGUCGAAAGCCUUCCGCACCUCCCAAACCAG